GCGGUCGGUGAAGCGGCAUGUCGUACCUUUUGGUGGUCAGGGAGGGGUAGUAACCCCACCCUCACUAUGCAAACCCUCUUCUUCUGCUUCGCCCUUACCUUCGUCACACACAUUACAGGAGCAUCCUGGGUGGGGAACCAAGUGGUGAUGGACCCUACGAUGAUCUGCAAGAAGACACGGCGGCUGCGGGGCCGGAUGGCAGAUAUCUGCAAGCACGAGCCGGCGCUACUCAAGGAAAUCACGAAGGGAGUGCAGUUGGGCACCAGGGAGUGCCAGUUUCAGUUCCGUAACCGCCGCUGGAACUGUACUUCUGCGCGAAGGAGCCUGAAGAAAGUCCUCAUGAGGGACACGAGAGAGAGCAGUUUCGUGAACGCCAUCAUGGCAGCUGGUGUGACUUACUCUGUCACCAGGGCGUGCACCCUUGGAGACCUCAUAGAAUGUAGCUGUGACAAGACAAUCAAAGUGGCGAGAUAUGUUACAGGAGGGGGACGUGCCUCUGGGGCUCCCCAGGACGGGGAGUGGGAGUGGGGAGGCUGUGGGGACAACGUGAACUUCGGCUAUCGCAAGUCCCGUGCCUUCCUGGACUCUCCCCACAGGAAGCGAAGUGACAUCAAGACUUUGGUCAAACUCCACAACAAUGAUGCUGGAAGACUGUCCGUGAAGAACUUCAUGAUUAGGGAAUGCAAGUGCCAUGGGCUGUCAGGGUCCUGCACUCUGCAGACCUGCUGGCGCAAGAUGCCGUCCUUCCGGGAGGUCGGGAACAGGCUGAAGGAGCGUUUCGACGGCGCUGCCAAGGUCAUCCCGAGCAACGACGGUCGCCGAUUUAUCCCCGAAGGAGCCACGAUCAAGCCGCCCGGCAGGACCGACCUGGUGUACUCUGAGGAGUCCCCGGACUUCUGCAAGCCCAACAGGAAGACAGGAUCCCUGGGGACGCAGGGGAGGGAGUGUAAUGCGACUUCCCCCGGAGUGGACGGGUGCGAGUUGCUCUGCUGCGGCCGAGGCUACAAGACCAGGAAGGUCCUGGAGAAGUCGAACUGCAACUGUGUGUUCCGCUGGUGUUGUGAAGUCACCUGCAAGACGUGUGAGACCCUCAGGGCCGUCAACACCUGCCGCUGAGAGCCAAUCAGAAUCGAGUUCUUACAUCCCCCGGUGUAUGGAAGUACUUCUUCGUUAGGAUGAACACUUUUUAUUCCAAACUCAACUUUCUAAGUGAAAGGAUCAUUUUGAUUUGUCUCUCUCCUGGUGGAACAAAAGCAAUUCAAGCACAUUUGAACCUCUACAAUUUUUGCUUGUAUCCAACUUAAAUAAUUGUUCCAAAAUUUUCUGGAAGUCCUUCCUAUUAUUUCAAUAACCGUUCAGAAUCAAUAUUUUCUUAAUUUAUAAAUGUAAUUAAUAACGCUUAUUUCGAAUUUUCUUCUAUUUCUUGUAUUUAAACUUUCAAUAUUAACAAUAUUCACUUCAAAGAAGAAAUUCUUUGAUGUGUACAUUGUGGAUUUAGAAUUUUAUGAUGGAAAGUGUAUUUAUCCUACAAGUAAACCUUGUCCGAUCUAGCCAGCUGGGUCUGUACUAGAUGUGAAUAAUGAAGUAACGAUAGAUCUUGAGAAUAAUAAAUAAUUUUGCGUCUUAUAACUCAAGUAUUAAAAGUGAUUUUGAGCUCAGACAAACAAGAAAAUGCAUAAAUCUUAAAUAUUCUAAAAAUAUUGUUGUCGCCCUUUAGUACUAAAGAUCUACUUCAUCACGAUCUACUUAAUCUUUAAAAAGGUUUUUUGUUUCUAACACUUCAUCGACGACUAGGAGUAUAUUUUUCAGAGUAAAAAUAAGUGUGUUAUACACACUUUCCUCCUUAUGUUUUAACGAUGUGUUUUAUUCCUUUUGUGUUACAAAUCGAUUUUAUAUUUAAAAUUAAUAACGUAAUAAUCUCUUCAGUAUAGGAAAACUAAUUAGUUUUUAUUACCCAUAAUGCUUUGUAAUGGGUAAUGAAAAUCUGGUCCUUUGAUUACUGAACUAUUAUAACUUUUGGUGCUAAUAAAAUAAUAACCCAUUCUAUUACGUUUUAAGCAGUGAAAGGAAUUCGAACGAUUUGAGUACGCAUAAGUAUUGUGACAGUGCCUUGAUCUGAGAAGAGAAGAAUUGUAAAUAGGAAGCAUUAAAUAAAUGUGAUAUUCAUCAAGUCAUUUUUAUAUUGAUGGUGUGUUAGAAUCUGUAAGAAAUAAUUGUAAGAUAGUAUUUAUACUUCUUUAGUUUGGUAAUGUAAAAUAAUACGUACUUAUUUCCUACCUUAUUAUUUUAGUGUUAUGUAGGCCACAAUUGUAGGCUGUAGCUGUUGAUUAUUUAUUUCUUGGCUGUCUCUGUUUUGUCUGUUAACUAAUUAUUUUUCCACUUGUUAUCAUAGCUUGUCACCUCGCUAUUAGCUUCAGUUAGUAGGCGGCAGUACAGUCACCGUCGUAAUAAAGUAGUCCUCGCACCUGCCAGUCUUUUUAAAAGCAAACAUUUCUCCUGAUAAACCUAAUAUAAUACAUGUUUGUAUAAUUAGAUCAAAAUAAUAAUGUUUUAUUUUACAAAAAAAGUAGCUACGGAAGGGUUGUUCCCAUGUGAGUUUUGAGAAGUUCCAACUCACCUUCCUCUAUCCCAGCGUCGGGAUCUGACGCUGCUGCAGACUUUUCUCCCGAAAUCUGGAGCUUCGAUCGUCCGAAGAGAUCCAUAAAAGUCGGCAAAGAAGAAGCUCAAAAUAAACUCAAUACAUCGUUUCGACAUCAGAGACAUCUACAAUACGGGUAGUAUAGGUGAAGUUGCAUAUAUUUUUCUAAUUGCACUCAAUUGUGCACCUGAUGAGACGAUGAGCUUACCUCUGCACCUAUAUUACACUGUAUCUUGUAGUAUAGGUGUAACGAGUUCAUCCAGAUUCAAUCCAGAUUUCAGGAGUCAAGUCUUCAACAGCGUCCAAUCCCAGACGCUGCACUAAGAGAAUUUUCCGCUAUACAAAAUAAUGGUACGUUUUUAACUUUAAACGUCAUUUUAGUAUUGGAAACGCUAAAUUAAAAAAUGUUACUAUCACCGACAAAUCUUUGUUGGUCUUAAAUUACUCCUCGUAUCUUAAUGCCCAUUAAACUUUCAAAAAUGUUAUUUUUUGCUUAAAAAUAUUGAUAAAUUGUGGAUUUUUUACUUUCUAAACUUGUGUAUGGGUAUUAAGGUGGUUCUUAAAUACCCUAAUACCACUUUUAAACAUGAACAAAAUAGUUUAUGCACUGUUUAUAUGACAAACACGUAGAAUACGGACUUAACACAAAUCUUGUUUCGUUCGUUAUAAAAAUGCUGCGAUUAGCAUAUAUUUUGUUUAAGGACAAAAUUUUAAAACUUGACGGGGAUCUUGUGGGAGUGAUAUCAGUUCAUUUUUGAUGCCAGGGCACUUUUUCCUAAAGAAAGUUCCAAUUUUGUAAUGUAUGUAUACGAAAAGAAAUUUUGCUAUUAAACUGCUAUAUGUAAGGCAAUCUGCGGACUUCUAAUCCUAGGACAUCCUGACCAACGCAUGAUUUAUCGCUUUAUUAUUUAGCCCCUUUCCUCAAGGGUCUGGAUACGCACAGUGUUUUGUUGUUAUAGUUUGUAGUUUGUAAGGCUUGAAUAGCGUUAGUAAGUAACAUUGUUUACUUAUUGUUGAAUGCCUUGUUAAGUGCCUAUAAUACUCGUUUGCUGCCUCGGCAACAUUGUUGUCGGACCAUUGUUGUUAUUGUUAUUGCACCGUGACUGAAUGAUAGACUGGAUCUAUGACUUGUACAUUUAUGUGAAGUGCUUUCAUUUGUGAUACUGUGUUAAAGUAUUUUUCUACUCGUCUAUUUAAUAUUAAAUUUGUAAUAUUAUACACUUUAGGUCUCUAUUUAAA